AUGCACUCACCGCCCACCCACAUCAUAAUCAGCCAAGGCUCAAGGCCCAGUCAUUUCCCACAGAAAUUUGACUGUCUUGAGGGCAAUUACCUACUGGAAUUUCAGGGCUCCACUCAAGCUUUGCAGUGGGAAGCAAAGGAGGAGGAAUUUUACUUAACAGAAUGUGAGCAAAGGAUUUGGGAUUCCCAAAUGCUCUGCUUAAUGAAUUCCCAGAUGCUUAGGCUUAAUGAAAUUGGUCCCAUUCCCACCUUUCCCAGCAUCUUCUUAAAGGAGAAGAGGCCCACUAUCAGCCCUGGCUAG